UUUCAGUAGCUGGAGCCGGGAGCAAAGAUGGCGGCGGCCGAUGGCGACGACUCGCUCUACCCCAUCGCGGUGCUGAUCGACGAGCUCCGCAACGAAGACGUACAGCUCCGGCUGAACAGCAUCAAGAAGCUGUCGACCAUCGCGCUGGCGCUGGGCGUGGAGCGCACCCGCAGCGAGCUCCUCCCCUUCCUCACAGACACUAUCUACGAUGAAGAUGAAGUGCUGCUGGCACUGGCCGAGCAGCUGGGCACCUUCACCGCCCUUGUCGGGGGGCCCGAGUAUGUGCACUGCCUGCUGCCACCGCUGGAGAGCCUGGCAACAGUGGAGGAGACCGUGGUGCGGGACAAGGCGGUGGAGUCCCUGCGGGCCACGUCCCAUGAGCACUCGCCGGCUGACCUGGAGGCUCAUUUCGUGCCCCUGGUGAAGCGCCUGGCGGGUGGCGACUGGUUCACAUCCCGUACCUCGGCCUGUGGCCUCUUCAGCGUCUGCUACCCCCGCGUGUCCAGCGCCGUCAAGGCUGAGCUGCGCCAGUACUUCCGGAACCUGUGCUCAGACGACACGCCUAUGGUGCGCCGUGCGGCCGCCUCCAAACUGGGCGAAUUCGCCAAGGUGCUGGAGCUGGAGCAUGUCAAGAGCGAGAUCAUCCCCAUGUUCUCCAGCCUGGCCUCUGAUGAACAGGACUCGGUGCGCCUGCUGGCCGUGGAGGCCUGUGUCAACAUUGCCCAGCUGCUGCCGCAGGAGGACCUGGAGUCGCUGGUGAUGCCGACACUACGGCAGGCAGCAGAAGACAAAUCCUGGCGGGUGCGGUACAUGGUGGCCGACAAAUUCACCGAGCUCCAGAAGGCCGUGGGCCCCGAGAUCACCAAGACGGACCUGGUUCCAGCCUUCCAGAACCUCAUGAAGGACUGUGAGGCUGAAGUGCGAGCUGCUGCCUCCCACAAGGUCAAAGAAUUUUGUGAGAACCUGUCACCUGACUGCCGGGAGAACGUCAUCAUGACCCAGAUCCUGCCCUGCAUAAAGGAGCUGGUGUCGGAUGCCAAUCAACACGUCAAGUCGGCACUGGCUUCAGUGAUCAUGGGGCUCUCGCCCAUCCUGGGCAAGGACAACACGGUGGAGCACCUGCUGCCCCUCUUCCUGGCCCAGCUCAAGGAUGAGUGCCCCGAGGUGCGGCUCAACAUCAUCUCCAACCUGGACUGUGUGAACGAGGUGAUCGGCAUCCGGCAGCUGUCGCAGUCGCUGCUCCCGGCCAUCGUGGAGCUGGCUGAGGAUGCCAAAUGGCGCGUGCGCCUGGCCAUCAUCGAGUACAUGCCCCUACUGGCCGGGCAGCUGGGUGUGGAGUUCUUCGACGAGAAGCUGAACUCGCUGUGCAUGGCCUGGCUGGUGGAUCAUGUUUACGCCAUCCGGGAAGCGGCCACCAGUAACUUGAAGAAAUUGGUGGAGAAAUUUGGCAAGGAUUGGGCCCAUGCCACCAUCAUCCCCAAGGUGCUGGCCAUGGCUGGGGAUCCCAACUACCUACACCGCAUGACCACGCUCUUCUGUAUCAAUGUGCUGUCAGAGGUGUGCGGCCAGGAGAUCACCACCAAGCACAUGCUGCCCACAGUGCUGCGGAUGGCAGCCGAUGCUGUCGCCAACGUGCGCUUCAAUGUGGCUAAGUCCUUGCAGAAGAUCGGCCCCAUAUUGGACAACAGCACACUGCAGAACGAGGUGAAGCCCGUGCUGGAGAAGCUGACACAGGACCAAGAUGUGGACGUCAAGUACUUCGCCCAGGAGGCCCUGACAGUGCUGGCCCUGGCCUGA